AUGCUCCUGGAGCCCACAGAGAGUGCAGUGGCAGAGACAGCAGAGAGGGAGCAGGAGGCCUCAGCACAGAGCCCUGAGGAGCUGCAGCCCGAGGCAGAGGUGGCAGGAGAGCGGCCGCACAUGGCUGUGCAGAGGCUGGUGGCAGCCGCAGUGGCAGUGGCCCUGUUCUCUUUAGUUCUGAACAAUGUGGCAGCCUUCACCCCCAGCUGGGUGCUGCAGGCUCUGGACGACGGCCGCAAGAGGAGCGUGGGUCUGUGGAGGAUGUGUCCUGUGGGAGUGGAGCGAGACCGAGAGGAGCUACAGGACAGACGCACAGAGCACGGAGCCCAGAGACACUGUGACAGUCUGGGAUGGGGCGCAGACUUUGCAGGUUACCAAGAGUCUCGCAGCACCGUCAAAUUGCAGUUCGACAUGAUGCGAGCCUGUAACCUGAUGGCCACCAUGGCUCUGACGGCCGGUCAGCUCAUCUUCCUCCUCGGCCUCCUGGAGCUGCCCUUCGUCACUCAGGAGUCUCAGUGGUGGGAGGAGGCUAUCGCUGCACUCUUCCAGCUCGCAAGUCUGGUGCUGGUGAUUGGACUGGUGACCUUCUACAGGAUCGGGCCCUACACACACCUGUCCUACUCCUGCUACCUGGACAUAGCUGCGUGUCUGCUGGCCACGCUGGCGGCCGCGAUGCUCAUCUGGAACAUUCUGCACCGGCGUGAGGACUGCAUGGCCCCGAGCGUCAUCAUCAUCAGCCGCCCGCUCACCUCGCCGUUUCACACGCGCCCCGACAAUGACUACGUGGAGUCGCCAUGUUAG